AUGCGAAUAACAUGCUGGAAUGUGGGUACGUUAAUCGGAAAGAGCUUCGAAGUCGCACAAAUGCUAAAAAGAAGAAAGGUACACAUCGCCUGCCUACAAGAGACGAGAUGGAACGGAACUAAAGCUCGGGAGUUAGGAGAGGGAUACAAGUUAUUCUACAGUGGGUCACCAAAUCGUAGAAACGGGGUCGAUAUCGUUCUAAGCGAAUCACUCAAGGACAAGGUGGUGGAAGUCAAACGAUGUUCAGACAGAGAUACAAGGAAUACGACAGAAGAAAAGCUAAUUAUUGGGGCGGACUUUAACGCCCACAUACGAAAAGAUCGUCUUGGGUAUGAACAAAAUCAUGGAGGCUAUGGGCAUGGUCUGAAGAACAAGGAAGGGGAAAAACUUCUCCAAUCGGAGGAUUACAAAGAAUAUAGGGAGGCAAAGAGAGCUGCGAAGAAGGCCGUUGCAAUAGCGAAGAAUGUUGUGUACACCGAGAUGGCAAACAAACUGGAUCAUAAAGGGUAA